CGCAAAUAAUCCCAUAGAAGAAGAAGUAUCACAGCGCCUCACAGUAAAUGGAGAUAAACGUGGACAACAAUAGUAUAUAUGUUCAGUGAAAGUAUAUUUUUAGAACAGCUAUGGAUAUAGAGCUGUACCUAAUAGCUGCUGCCAUCCUCAUUGUGCUCAUUUUGUUUGCGUUAAAGGUGCGGAGACAGACACAGCAAGCUGAUGAGGAGCAGCAGAGGGAUGUUGUCCGGGCAGCGGGGCCCCCUCAGCGGGCAGCAGAGGAGCGAGGAGCCGGGAUGCCUCGCAGGAGGAGGAACCUCGACGCGGUGAUGGCCAACAGACGACCGCAGAGAGAAGCUGUGGAACCCGAGGAAGAGCGUGUUGAGGAGGAAGAAGAGGGGGAGCAGCAGGACUUCCAGCCGACUGCAAAAGUUGGAGCCAAGAAGCAGAAGAAGCUGGAGGAGAAACAGGCCAAGAAAGCCCAGAGAGAGGUGGAGGUGGAGGAGAGAGAGGAGAGGAAGAGGAUGCAGGAGCUCAGAGAGCAGGAGAGACGUCAUGAGGACGAGAGAGAGCGACAGCUGGAGCAGAAACAGGAGGAGGAGGAGCUCCGGGCUAAAGAGGAGCAGGAGAAACGGGAGGAGGAGGAGUACUUGAGGCUCAAAGCCUCCUUCACCAUAGAAGACCAGGGCGAGGAGGAGCAGCUCACUGAGGACCAGUCACGCAACCUGCUGCAGGACUUCAUCCAGUACAUCGAGAGCUCUAAGGUGGUUCUCCUGGAGGACUUGGCUUCUCAGUUUGGGAUGAGGACCCAGGAUGCUAUUGACCGCCUGCAGGACCUGUUAGCUGAAGGCUCCCUCACAGGAGUGAUUGAUGACAGAGGAAAGUUUAUCUCCAUCACUCCAGAGGAGCUGGACUCAGUGGCUCAGUUCAUGAGGCAGAGAGGCAGAGUGUCCAUCACAGAGCUGGCUCAGGCCAGCAACUCUCUGAUCAACCUGCUGCCUGAUGGACAGCUGCACCGCAGUGAUCUGGUGUGUUAGAAGGUUGGACUCACUGUUUUGUGCCCGGUGAUGUCAUCAUCUGUUGUCCUUUAUAGUGACAUCACGGCUCAGUUGCCUUUAUUCACUUGAGGUGUCCGACUUCACAGAUCAGGACCGUAACAUACAAUGACUACUGUGUAUGACGUUAAAUUGACAAACCCAUCAUCACAAAAAACAAUUUAACAUUAUUGUGAAAAUAAAAAAAAAUGGAAACAAAUAGUUUGA